AUGAAGAUGCUCACCAAAUUCGAGUCCAAGUCUUCCAGGGCCAAAGGCGUGGCGUUCCACCCGAAAAGACCCUGGGUGCUUGUGGCUUUGCACUCGUCGACCAUCCAAUUGUGGGACUACCGCAUGGGAACUUUGAUUGACCGGUUUGAGGACCACGACGGUCCGGUUCGAUGCGUGGCGUUCCAUCCAACGCAGCCGCUUUUCGUGUCUGGCUCGGACGACUACACCGUGAAAGUGUGGUCGUUGAACACGCGCAAGUGCAUUUUCACCUUGAGCGGCCACCUCGACUACGUGAGAUGUGUUUCGUUCCACCACGACUUGCCGUGGAUCUUGACGUGCCUGGACGACCAGACCAUCCGCAUCUGGAACUGGCAGAACCGCCAGGAGAUCGCCUGCUUGACGGGCCACAACCACUACGUGAUGCUGGCCCAGUUCCACCCAUCUGAAGAUUUGAUUGUGUCUGCUUCUUUGGACCAGACCGUGCGGGUGUGGGACAUCACAGGCCUCCGCAAGAAGCACUCGGCGCCUACACUGGCCCCUCGCUCGUUUGAGGACCAGUUGCAGCGCAAGCAGUUGCCCCAGCAGGACAUUUUCGGCAACGUCAAUGCCAUCGUCAAGUAUGUGUUGGAGGGCCACGACAAGGGCGUCAACUGGGCGGCUUUCCACCCUACUUUGCCCUUAAUUGUGUCUGCUGGUGACGACAGACUCGUCAAGUUGUGGCGCAUGAACGAUAUCAAGGCCUGGGAGGUGGACACUUGCCGUGGCCAUACCGGAAACGUGCUCUGCGCCGUGUUCCACCCUCAUGAGGACUUGAUCUUGUCUGUGGCUGACGACAAGACCAUUCGCGUGUGGGACUUGAACAAGCGCACGCCUGUCAAGCAGUUCCGCCGUGAAAACGACCGUUUCUGGCUUGUGGCCUGCCAUCCUACAAUCAACUUGUUUGCCACGUGCCACGACUCGGGUGUGAUGGUGUUCAAGCUUGAAAGAGAGAGACCAGCGCAUGCGCUCUUCAACAACAAGUUGUACUACGUGAAUGGCGAGAAGCAGAUCCAGAGCUAUGACUUUACUCGCGACGAGGCGUCUUUGCCUAUGAUGUCUUUGAAGAAGAUAGGCAAGACCUGGGCGUUCAUGCGCACCUUGUCGUACAACCAGGCCGACAAUGCGGUUUUGGUGACACACGGCGAAGGCGAAAACGGCAUGUAUGCGUUGGUGACACUUCCUAAACAUGUGACGGGCGCCAUUGAGCCCACAGACGUCCGUCUGGGCGAAGGAAACUUUGCCUGUUUCAUCUCGCGUAACCGUUUCGUCAGCUUUGUUAAGGCCUCCAAGAUCUUGUACGUCAAGGACAUGAACAACAACGUGACCAAAACCAUCCAGUUAGACUCUUCUGUGACUGAUGUUUUGGCCGGCAACCCGGGCCGUGUUUUGUUGGUGAAGCCACACUCUGUGGUCAAUUACGACGUUCAACAACGCAAAGAGUUGGGCGAAUUGAGCGCCAACAACGUCAAGUACGCCGCUUGGUCCAACGACGGUCUGCACUUGGCCUUGAUGUCCAAGCACACCAUCACCAUCGCCACCAAGGACUUGGACUUGGUCACUUCCAUGCACGAGACAAUCCGUAUCAAGAGUGCUGCUUGGGAUGACUCUGGUGUCUUGCUCUAUUCUACUUUGAACCAUAUCAAGUACACUUUGUUGAACGGAGACAGCGGUAUCAUCAAAACUUUGGAGAACACCUUGUACAUAACCAAGGUGGCGCAAAACAAGCUCUACUGCUUGAAUCGGUCCGGUAACGUCGAGGUGGUGACGAUUGACCCAACAGAAUACCGUUUCAAACGUUCUUUAGUGAACCGCAACUUUGGCGAGGUUUUGCGCAUCAUCCACAACUCCAACUUGGUGGGCCAGAACAUCAUUGCCUACUUGCAACAGAAGGGCUACCCCGAAGUUGCAUUGCAGUUUGUCCAAGACCCGGAGACUCGUUUUGAAUUGGCGUUGGAAUGUGGCGACUUGAAGAUUGCUGAAACAGAGGCCGCCAAAUUGAAGGACAGAGUCACUUGGGAGAAGUUGGGCCAUGAAGCUUUGAGUCAGGGUAAUGUCGAGAUUGUUGAACGUGUCUACCAGCAGUUGGAGUUGUUUGACAAGUUGUCAUUCCUCUACUUGUACAAGGGCGACCAAGAAAGAUUGAACAAGAUGUCCUUGAUUGCCAACGCCAGAGGCAACUUGUCGUCGUUGGUGCAGAACACACUUUACAACAACGAUGUUGAAACCAGAAUCGAUGCCUUCCUUAGAUGCGGCAUGUAUCCAUUGGCAUACACCUUGGCAGCUUCAAGCGGCAUGAAUGACAGAGCCAAUCAGAUUUUGGAAGCGGCUGGUGUGAGUCUGAAGGACGUUCAGCUCGGUGAAAUGGGAGCUCCAGCACCAUUGCCUGUUCCAGUUGAAACUGCCGGUAACUGGCCAGUCAAAGAAAGCAGCAUGUCGGUGUUUGAGACGGCCUUGGUCACCGGUAAGGUGGAGGAUUUGAACAUUGGCGAAGACGAGGAAAAGCCUGCCGAAGUUUCAACCCAACUUGAUUUCAAUGACGGCCUUGACGAUGACUUGGAGGAAGAAGGCGGUUGGGACAUGGACGAUGACGACCUUGACAUUGGCGACGAGUUUGGCGACGCAGGCGAGUUGGAAGACGAGUUUCCAAUCAAGGCCGAAGGUGCUGACGGUGAAAUUGCCCACUGGCUCCGGAACAACAAAACUGCGGCUGGCUGUGUGGCAGCAGGAGCCUUUGACCAGGCGGCGUCUUUGUUGAAUAAGCAACUCGGUGUGGUGAACUUCGAGCCGUUGCGUAAACGUUUCAUGGAGGUUUACUCGUGCAACAAGUUGAGUUUGCCCGGCGUCAAUGACUUGCCUGCUAUGAGAGACUACAUUCGCGAGGACAAUGACGAGGACGAUCCAAAGCGCUUCAGACCACUCAUUCCUGGUUACGACACGUUGGAAGACAAGUUGAAUGUUGCGUUCAAGUUCUUCCGUGCCAACAACUUGCCUGACGCCAUUGCCGUGUUCCGCGAAAUCAUCCACACCAUCGCAGUUUUAACUGUCGAGGACGAGGAACAAGAGGCAAAAUGCGAUGACAUCUUGACCUUGUGUCGUGAGUACAUCUUGGGCUUAUCGAUCGAGUUAGAGCGUCGUUCGCUCGACCUGUCGCAGUUACAAAGAAACUUGGAGUUGGCUGCGUACUUCACGCGGGCGAAACUUCAAAACUCUCAUCGGGUGAAUGCAUUGCAAGUGGCCAUGCUGCAGUCUUUCAAGAACAAGAACUACUCGAGCGCAUCGUACUUUGCUGGCGAGCUUUUGAGUAUUAUUUCGACCGGAAGCAAAGCUGAGCAGGCGCAAAAAAUCAAGGCUCGUGCUGAUACCAUUGCCAGCGACGCUAUCGAAAUCGACUUUGACCCAUACGCAGAGUUUGACAUUUGUUGUGCAUCCUUCACUCCAAUCUACAAGGGCACUCCGUUCGUCACGGAAGCUUUGGUGGGCGCAAAGUACAAGUCGGAGUACAAAAAUCAAGUGUGUCGGAUCACCGAGGUGACCCGUGUGGGAGCCCCAGCGUCGGGGUUGCGGAUCCGGGGCUAA